GAAUAUACAUCGUUGCUGCUAAGCGUACUGCUUUUGGUACAUUCGGCGGUGCUUUGAAGAACAUUCAUCAGACACAGCUACAGACAGUCGCUGCCAAAGCUGCCCUGGAUGCAGCCGGUUUGCGUGGUGAACAAGUGGACACCGUGGUUAUCGGUAAUGUCAUUGCGAGUUCCUCCACCGAUGGCGCAUAUCUACCCCGCCAUGUCGGUCUUCAUUGUGGCAUACCCAUUGAAACGCCUGCACUUGGCGUAAACCGCCUCUGCGGCUCCGGUUUCCAGUCGAUUGUGAAUGGCGCGCAGGAUAUUCUUCUCGGCAGCGCGAAAGUUGCACUCGCCGGUGGUGUGGAAAGUAUGUCACUGGCGCCAAUGAUUGCGCGCAAUAUCCGUUUCGGCGUCACAUUAGGUGGCAACUACAAUUUGGAAGAUGCUUUAUGGGCAGGUCUCACUGAUACAUACUGCAAAUUGCCCAUGGCUUUAACUGCCGAAAAUUUGGCGGAGCAAUUCAAAAUCACAAAGGAACGCGUCGAUGAAUUCUCAUUGCGUUCUCAGCAAAAUUGGGCAAAGGCACAGAAGGAAGGCGCCUUUAGUGCGGAAAUUGCGCCAAUUAAGUUGAAGGUGAAGGGAAAGGAGGUGGAUUUUGUUAUCGAUGAACAUCCCAGACCACAAACAACAAUUGAGGGAUUGGCUAAGCUGCCGUCGUUGUUCAAGAAAAAUGGCGUCGUUACUGCUGGCACAGCUUCGGGUAUUAGUGAUGGUGCCGCUGCUGUUGUAAUUGCUUCUGAAGAAGCCGUCAAGGAGUAUAAUCUUAAACCACUAGCACGUUUGGCCGCCUACUCAUUCGUUGGUGUGAAACCCGAAAUUAUGGGUUUCGGUCCUGUGCCGGCCAUACAAAAUGUGCUGAAAGUUAGCGGUAAAAAAUUGGAGGACAUCGACUUGAUUGAGAUCAACGAAGCUUUUGCCGCACAAACUCUGGCAUGUGCUGAUGCGCUAAAAUUAGAUGUUUCAAAGUUGAAUGUUAAUGGGGGCGCUAUUGCCAUGGGUCAUCCUUUGGGCGCGAGUGGUGCAAGAAUUACAGGUCAUUUGGCGCACGAAAUGCAACGCAAGAACUUGAAGUACACAAUCGGUUCCGCCUGCAUUGGUGGUGGUCAAGGUAUAGCGGUAUUGUUGGAGUCUGUUUAAAAAAGGCUGUGAAAACUAAACGUUAAAAAUGCAUUUAUAUAUUUUCGACUAUUUUUAAACCGUGAUAAAACACAAACAUAGUUCUGGGCGUAACUUUUCAUAACUUUUAAAAUUAUAGUUAUAAAUCCUAUGUAGUUUAAAUAAAAAGUUCAAAAGAAAUUAUAACCAACCUAUCGCUCGUAAAAAUUAAAUGUAUGCACAUAUUUUUGUAACAAUACACUAUGCCAACCUUUUA